CUCGGGAUUACUCUGCUCUCGUAUCUCGAUGAGGCAGCUGAAAAAAGAGCACCAGAACCCCGCUUUCCGCAUAGGGCUGCCGCCUAUCGUUGCGGCCGAAGCUACUAUCUGCUAGUAUGGAAGCGGAGUUCUAUUAGAGUCCAAGGACUUGCUGUCCCGCUCAUGUCUGCUUUUUUUCCACCUGUUUUUCAGCCUCACCGUUUCGAAGGGCAUCAUACUCUCUCUGCGCGGCGCACUGUGCGGCGCAAUCGUCAGGUCUCAUAGCCAUGGCGAGGCUGCUGCAGUUGACGCUGUUGCUGCUUGCGUGCGCGGUGUUGUUGCUGGCUCAAAAUACUACUAUUGAUACGACUAGUACAACCACCACCAGCAGUACAACAUCCUCCCUCAGCACGACAACUACCACCACUUCAAGCAUCAGCACAUCCGACAUAACGACAACGACUUCUACUUCUACAACGACGAUUCCGACAACCACCUCAACAAUCCCCCCAGCUACUACUAUCAGUACUACCUCUUCCACCACUACAACGACCACGAGAAGUAGCAGCAGUACCACUACCACUUCUAUUAUCCUUACCACGACCACUACCACCCGCUCCCCUUCUUCCACAACGACAACAACCAGCCUUCCCCCUCCUACCACCACGACCCCUUCCCCAACCACGACCCCUCUAAGCACUACCAUCGCUACCACAUCAUCUUCUCCAAUUUCUGAGAGCACUACUUCGACCUCAACGGAAGAGACUUCAUCCACUACUUCCUCUGAAGGGAGCACGACUAGCAGCGAACCGCCGGUGGUCAUAACCACAUCUAGUUCUUCGAUCUCGUACUCCACUAGCACUUCUACUGUCACGCAAGUCAUUGCAACCACCUCGAAUGGCGUUACAGCAUUAACAACUCUUACGUCCGUGGUCGUCGCAACGGCUCCGGCCACAACAGUAGUGGACGUGGGAACCUACACAAGCACUCCCGGAGCCUCACCAUCUGUGGCUGCAGCGAACAGCGGUGCAAAUGGUAGCAGCUCAGGGCUAUCGACGGGGGCCAAGGCCGGUAUUGGAGCUGGGGUGGGUGCGGCGGUGCUUGCGGUAGCUAUUUUUGGCGGGUGGUACUCAUGGUACAUGAGGCGCCGGAGAAACCGAAACUCACUGUCCCAUGACCACUACGACGCCAAUGCUCCGAUGCCUGGCAUGGGCGAAUAUGGAGGGUCCACUGGCGGACGCUCAGGCAUGGGCGCCAUGGCCGCGGUGGCAGGGUACUCUUCCAACCGCUCAGACACGCGAUCCGAACUCCCUUCACCUCCGCUCCAGCCUCCGCCUCGAUCUCCGGACCGCCUGCUCCCUGCUGCUGCAGCCAUUCGAUCAUGGGGUUCAGUCUCACCACCACCUCACCAGGGGUCAUCUGGUAUGUCUGUUUCUGACCAGAGCGAGUACUCACAGGGCAAUGCUCCGUAUCAACAGCCUCCACAACAUCUGCAGACUGUGCCCAUGACUGGAGCCGCAGGUGAAUACUUCCCAAACCUCAAUGAGCUGCCGGAAGAUCAACGCGAUAUCCACCAACUCCCAGAUGGCCAGGCACAGGCUCAGCCUCAACUGAAUGAACGGAACCUCACUGCCGGAUCCGGCCCUGUAUUCGCCGCUAUGGGACGGGGACCGUAUUCGCAGGACGAAGGCUAUCAUCCCAGUCAUUCGUCCGCGCAAGAGUCGUAUGAGCUUCCCGGUGGCCAGGAUACGGAUGCCGGCGCCCCAGCGGAACAAGGUCGAGCUGGUUAUCGUGGUAUGGAUCCGGAAGUCCCACUGCAUCAAAGGUACGACAGAGUACCUAUUCGGCCUGGGCAUUUGGGUCCUUCGCAUAAUUUCUAAAAAGAAAAAAGUGUAUACGCUCUAAGAUAAUGUGGAAUGUAAUUCUCCCUGUAAAUCCAGGCUUAUCAGCCU